ACGGAAUUAAAAUGGCGUCCUCCGCAAACCGGCUCGUCACACGCUGGUUGGACGCGUCGCUUAUUUCCAAACUAUGCCGCGGUCAUCUCCAGUUUGUAUCCGCCAGAUAUGCCUGCCUUUCAGCGACGACCUCAGCCGUACACCUGGGAGGUUUGGCGGCUCACCCGAGCCCGCGGAGCCACAAAAAUGCGGUGACAUUGAGCCGACUGACAGGCUCGCCAUGUCCUCACGUUAUCCCAAGCCGGUGCCUCCUCACCAGCGCCAGACGUGCAAACAAGCAAGACCUUUACGAUGUACUGGGCGUUGCCCGCACGUCCUCGCAAAAGGACAUCAAAAAGGCAUAUUACCAGUUGGCAAAGAAGUACCACCCGGACACAAACCCCAAUGACCCGGAGGCCAAAGAGAAGUUUGCCAAGCUGGCUGAAGCUUACGAGGUUUUGAGCGACGAGGUGAAGAGGAAGCAGUACGACACGUACGGUUCGGCCGGCUUCGACGCUAGUCAGGCCGGCCAGCAGCAGUACUACAGGGCAGGCAGCGCCAACGUCAACCCUGAGGAGCUCUUCAGGAAGAUCUUCGGGGAUUUUGCCGGCGGCUUCCGAGACGUCAACAGCAUGUUUGAGCAACGGCCGGAGUUUGUGAUGGAGCUGACGUUUGCCGAGGCGGCGAAGGGCGUGGACAAGCAGCUGUCCGUCAACCUCGAGGACGCCUGCCCGAGGUGCGACGGCAAGGGCAGCGAGCCGGGCACCAAAGUGUCUCACUGCCAUUACUGCAACGGCACCGGCAUGGAGUCGCUGCACAUCGGUCCCUUUUUCACGCGGAGCUCGUGUCGACGCUGCGGCGGCAAGGGCACCAUUGUAAUCACGCCUUGCGCACUGUGCCGAGGUUCGGGGCAGACCAAGAAGAAGCAGACGGUUUCGGUGCCGGUUCCAGCCGGGGUCGAAGACGGUCAAAAGGUGCUCAUGUCAGUCGGCAAGAAGGAAAUUCUCAUCACGUUUCGGGUCCAGAGGAGCCCCGUGUUCAGGCGCGACGGAAUCGACAUCCACUCGGACGUGCUGAUCUCUGUGGCUCAAGCCGUCCUGGGCGGCACGGCCACAGCGCAAGGCCUCUACGAAACCAUCAGCAUUGUGAUUCCCACCGCUUGUCAAGCCGAUCAGGUGAUCCGGCUGCAGGGGAAAGGCAUCCGCAAGAUGAACAGCUACACUUACGGCGAUCACUACGCGCACAUCAAGAUCAGAGUGCCCAAGAAGUUGACGCGGAGGCAGCGUUCUCUUCUACUCAGUUACGCCGAGGAGGAAAUUGAUGUUCCCGGGACCGUUAAUGGUGUCGUUCCAUCUCCAGGGGGAACCAGAGCAUCAGGUUCUGGGAUGAAGUCCAGCAGCUCAGCACAGGCAGAGGACAAACAGACCAAGGCGAAGGAGGAAGAGGAGGAGGGAGGCUUCUUUUCUAAACUCAAAAAAAUGUUUAGCUGAAAUUAAGAACACAAGGUUGGCAGUUUUCAGUACUGCUCGUCCUCACUAGGGGGAGUGUGAGAAGAUGGAAGGUUGAUGGAGAAAAGUGGCAAUGGCUCAGCAAAAGUGGCAAAGGACUACAGUGAUCAGUGUAAAAAGUUGUCUUUAUUAAAGUUGUGGAUAAUAUUGUAGAAGUUAUAUUGAAAUAAAUAGCACACAACCAU